CAGCACCCCAACCGAAUUCGAACCGAGCUAUAAUUCGGUUCGGUUCAACCGAACCGAAGUAUAUCUCGGUUCGGUUCGGUUUGACUGCCCAAAACCGAAAUGAUCACCUGCUGCCUUAUCUCAAACGAGCCCCACUUUAAUCCCUCACCCCAAUCUCUUUCUACUCUCUCCUCCAUCAAUUAAUCCCUCACCCCUGCAUGCUCUCCCAUAUCACCCUCUUCAAUCCAUCCAUCUCUCUCUCUGCUAAAACAACAGGCCAUCAAUCCACCCUUACCAAGCACUCCGCCGCCUAGAGCACUCCGCCGCGCAGAUCGCAAUGAGCUCCCUCCGUCACCGGGCUCGCCUUCUCCCCAGAUCAGGAGCACUAAGUUCGCCGCUCGCCCAUUUUGAUGAAGAGGAAGCAGUGGCAAAGAGAAGACAGAGUCAUGGGAGAGCAUGCAGGGGCUCCACCACCGCUAAUUCUGUCGUCUCUGUUGCCGAUCCCGUCGCGGCACCACCUCUCCUUGUCGAUUGCGCCGCCGCCGAGAUGCCACACCAGAGUUCGUUUUUCACGAUGAAGAAGGAGCUGGGUAGUGGGUACACCGUUUGAGGUUUCGAGUGAUCGAGAGAGAGUGAGAGACGGUCGGUGGUGGUGAGUGGUGAUUGUGGUGAGCGGCGGACGAGAGGGAGAGACAAAGGGAGAGAUAGAUCAUAGAUGGAAUUAGGAUUAGGUUUUUUUAUCUCGGUUGCUGGGCUUGGCCCUCAGCUGGGCUUCUUUAAUUUGUUGGGCCUGGCAGGAUGUGGUAGUUGGGUAUGCAAUUUCGGUUUAUCGGUUCGGAACUCGGAAUUUCGGGUUCGGUUGGCAUACUCUGUAUUCCGAAUUAAGAGUAUUUCCUUUCCGAUUUCCGAUCCGAACAGUGAGAAUUUCGGUUUCGGUCGGUUUGACUUCGGUUUGGUUCGGUAAAACCGAACCGGAUGCCCACCCCUACUGCUUUCUGCUAAAAUCAUAGUUCAUGUCGUUAAAAUCAAGAUUGACACUUUGUUCCAAUCCGAUCCUCAGCUAUUGGCAAAAAAAUUAUAAAUUGUUAAAUCACAC